GCGGGUUUGAGGGGGUGGGGGUUCGCCUCUGCUCACCCCACCCCCGCCCGAGGUCACAGACCUCGAACUACACUUGGACCGAUGAACGCCGUCGGUUUCGUGCGCUCAGCGCUCUGGGAUAAUAUGCAGAAGCUGGUGCUGUUCUCUUUUGAAUAGAGGAGGUUGAAGGAAAGAAAAUGAAAGUGGGAAUCUUCCCAUUUUCAGAAGGUCAAGAUCCAGAGGAGAUACUAUAGGUUGAAGGCCAUGCUGAAUAACGUGUUUGGGAACAAUGAUUAAUUUAUGAUGUUCACCCGGGAAAAGGGGUCUAUAAAACCAAGCACCGUUAUCUCAGAUCCAACCAAACGUUUCAAUUCAGGGGAUCUGCACCUCAACAGGUUUUGGAGCCAGAAUAAGAAUGCUGAAUAUAAUUGCAGUUUUGAUUCUGCUCACAAUUGUGGAAGGUACCCCUCAAAAUGAAACUGGGCAGCCAUCAAGCCGUGGACUUCCUGAUUCAAUUGUUGAGUACAACCUAUGUCCCCUUCCAGACCAAGACUAUCCUUUCAACACAGAUAUGGUCCCAUCUUACUGUGUCUGCUUGCACUGCCAAGGGCCCAAAGGGGAUCGAGGUUUUAAAGGAGAUAGAGGAAACUUCGGACCACCAGGAAAACCAGGCUCAACUGGCAUGAAAGGAAUCAAAGGAUCACGAGGACCCCGAGGUUCAAAUGGUUUUAGAGGGAUAAAAGGGCAGAAAGGAGCUCGAGGACCAAGGGGCAUGAUGGGACUCAAGGGGAUCCGAGGACGCCGGGGCUUUCAAGGCAGAAGAGGUCUGAGGGGUAAUCCAGGUACUAAUGGACUCCCAGGUCCUAAGGGAAAUGCAGGUGUUCCUGGUCAAUGUCCAGCUGACUGCCAUAGCAUGAAAGGAGAUAAAGGACAAAAAGGAGAAACAGGUUUCCGUGGUCAAAAGGGAGAUGUGGGUGAAAUUGGCUUGAUUGGGCAACCUGGCCUCAAAGGUGAACCAGGAAGCACUGGACUGAAAGGAGACAAAGGUGUUGAAGGAGUGAAAGGCAACCAAGGGAAUCCAGGUAUUUGUGACUGUGAGGAUGGAGAAAAAGGUGAACGUGGCAAUCUUGGACCAAUUGGACCUAGAGGAGACAAAGGAGAUCAAGGGCCAAUGGGCGAGAAGGGAGAUACUGGUGAAAAAGGAGUCAAAGGUGAGCAGGGUAAAGAGGGUGAAGAAGGACCUCCCGGUCCAUGUGGUCCUACCAUCCAGUCAGCUUUCUCUGCUGGGCGAAGUGCUGAAGAUGGUUUACCGAAUCCAUUUUUCCCGAUACCAUUCACUGUAAUCUUCUACAACAACCAGGGGCAUUUCAAUCCUGGAGUUGGAGUUUACAUAGCCCCAGUUAAUGGAACAUAUGUAUUUAGUUAUCAUUUGUCAAUACUGACAAAUCCUGUUAAACUGGGACUAUUUAAAAAUCGUAAAUUAAUUAUCAAAACAGCCAACAGAGUUACCCAGGAUCAAGCAUCCCAAACUGUGAUAAUACAUCUUGUUGCAGGGGACAAGAUAUGGUUACAAGUGAAGGAUUCUAGUUUCAAUGGCAUGCAUGCAGAUCAGGAUACUGACAGUACGUUCAGCGGUUUUCUCCUUUAUCCUGAUUCCUGUUAUCCGUUAAUUUCCAGGGGGGCAUCUCCAGGUAUUUUUGAAGAUCCUUCAAAUUAUUACAAUCCCUAUUUUAAUGAUGACACCCCAACACCUCCCAUUGAUGAUGGCUCAGGUUCUGGUUCCGAUUCUAGUUCAGCAAUUGAUUCAGUUGAGCCCAGUCCUCCUAAUGCCAGUGAAGCCCCAUCAUAGAGGCAAAAUUGCCUUAAAUCCCACAUAAUCCAAAGUGAAAACUCACACCCAGCAACUUCAAGCCUGUAAUGGCUAUUUGCAGUCUUAUUUUCAGCUAUAAUCACCAAUUAGGCAAACUAGUUCACAAAGGAAGCAACCAAAAUAUUGAUUUAAAUAUGCUGUAAAAUCAUGAGCCAAGGCUUGUAGCAUUUUCAUUAUGCUAUACUGAAAACAAACCAUUAUUGGCAUUUGCUAACUAGGAAUGAAAACAGCAGCUCUUUCUUUUCCCUCUGAAUCCUGGUAACUUUCAUGUUUGUAAAUGUAUGAAUCUAAAGGCAGUCACAUUUCAGGUAUGUUGACUGAUGCCUUAAUGGUUGGUUCCCUUUUACGAUUACACUCACAUACUACUUUCUGAGCGUUUUCUUCACUAACUGUACAUGUUUAGCUGUUAGAUGAAGGUAUCAGUGGGUGAAAAUCAUAAACUCUGGAUCAAAUGCUCUAUCAAACUGUACCAACUGCAAUAUGGGGUAGGA